CCAGUUGUACCUAGAAAGAGAUAUGUAUAUUGUUUUCAUUGUCCUGACGGACCUGGUUUAAACACACCUUUAACGAUUGACUCCAGUGGUGCAUAUUUCAGACGGGAUGGUUUAGGAGGUAAUUAUAUCUGUGGAAAAUCACCAGAAUCAAACGAAGAGCCGUCGAUCGAGAACUUGGAUGUCGAUCACGAAUUUUUCGACAAUAGAGUGUGGCCUUUACUCGCUCACAGAGUACCGAGAUUUGAAAACUUGAAGGUGAAAUCUUCAUGGGCUGGAUACUACGAAUACAAUACUUUCGACGAAAACGGUAUUAUCGGUCAGCAUCCUUUUCAUCACCAUGUAUACAUAGCGACUGGUUUUAGCGGACAUGGCAUUCAGAAGGCACCAGCAGUGGGACGUGCGAUAUCAGAGCUGAUUUUUCAUGAACGUUUUCUGACUAUAGAUUUAUCCAAACUGAGUUUCGACAGAUUCUUAAAGUCGGAACCUAUAAGAGAAGCUAGCGUCUUUUAAGUAGUAGAGAAAUAACAAUCAUCUUUUUCUUGUACUUGAUUGUAUUAUUGAUCUGUUAUACUGAACUGGCUGCACUAGUUCAGAGUUUAUCUUUUUCCUUCCAAUGUGGAGUAAAAAAGAUAAACUCUGAACUAGUGCAGCCAGUUCAGUAACAGAAAACAGACCCCAUGUAUCAUGUAAAUUUGUAAAUAUAAUUAUUAUAAAACUU